AUGAAAAUAAAUUUAAAAUUAAUAAUCUUUAUAGUUUUAAUAGUUUUAUUUAAUAGUUGUAUUAUAAAAGGGGAUAUUUUAGAAACAGAUGAAAUAGAUGGUUUACAUGAUGAAUGCUACAAUGUAAAAUGUCCAAAUCCAGUUUUAAAAAAUCAUUGUAUUUGGGGUCAUCGUCCAUUAGGUCGUUAUUUAGAUCAUCAAAGUACAAAAGGAAAGGGUUAUAAAGCAACAUUAUGUUGUCCAAUAUGUUUAAUUGAAAAUGAAACAUUCUGCAAUCAUAGUAGCAAAGGAGAAAGUGAUCCAAACCUAAAAUAUCUAUCAGGUAUAGUUUAUAUAUGUCCACAGGGUAAUACUGACUGUAAUUUAAAAACAAAUCAAUGUGAAGUUAUCCCUGAAUAUAUGCAUGCCUAA